GAGUCCAAAGCAAAACAGCUGUAAAUUGGGGACUAAUUUUAUGGAUACAAAUGUGUAUCUGGGAGUGCAAAAUCGCUGUCAGAUCUUUGUUUUGUUCUCCGUCAUCCUGCCUGUGUACAAUGCCGAGCCCUGGUUGGAUGAGUGUUUGAAGUCUGUUUUGCAACAGGAUUUUGAAGGGACCAUGGAACUCUCGGUCUUUAAUGAUGCCAGUCAGGACAGGUCUAUGGCCAUCAUUGAGAAGUGGAAGGAGAAGCUGGAAGAUGCUGGGAUCCGGGUGGUUGUUGGAGGACACAGUUCCCCUUCUCCCCGGGGAGUUGGAUAUUCUAAAAAUCAAGCCAUUGCACAGAGCUCAGGAUCUUACCUUUGCUUUCUGGACUCAGAUGACAUGAUGAGGCCACAGAGGGUGAGGCUGCAGCAUGAGGCCGCCACCCAGCACCCUACCAGUAUCAUAGGGUGCCAAGUGAGGAGAGAUCCCCCAAACUCCACUGAGCGAUACACACGUUGGGUCAACCAGCUAACACCUGACCAGCUCCUGACACAGGUCUUCACCUCCCAUGGCCCCACAGUGAUCAUGCCCACAUGGUUCUGCUCCCGUGCAUGGUUCUCCCAUGUGGGCCCAUUUGUGGAGGGCGGACAGGGGGAGCCCGAGGACCUGCUGUUCUUCUACCAGCACCUCAGGAAGGGUGGCGGGGUCGUACGUGUGGACCAGGACCUUCUUCUCUAUCGCUACCACCCACAGGCAGCCACUCACUCCAUCCUCGAGACAACCAUCUGGACCCACCGCGUGCACUUCCUGGAGGAGCAGGCCCUGCCCCGCUGGUCGACCUUCACCAUCUGGAAUGCGGGCAAGCAGGGGCGCAGGCUGUACCGCAGCCUCACAGCUGCCAACCGGCACAAGGUGGUUGCCUUCUGCGAUGUGGAUGAGAACAAGAUCAGGAAGGGCUUUUACUGCUACGAGGACUCUCAGGAAAGGCCCCGGCCGCGAGUCCCGAUCCUGCACUUCCGAGCUGCCCGGCCCCCCUUCGUCAUCUGUGUGAAGCUGGACCUCACAGGGGGCGAGUUUGAGGAGAACCUGCGGUCACUGCAGCUGCGUGAGGGCCAGCACUUUGUGCACUUCAGCUGAGGUUGGCUGCUCCAGACUUCACAGACAGAGCUCUUCCAUCUGCUGGUCCACCCCUCCAGUGGCCACCACAGCCACUGCUGAGCUGAUCUGAAGCUGGGAGCCAGGGGCUUCUUCCAGAUCUCACACUCGGGUGCAGGGUCCUAAGCACCUGGGCCAUCCUCCUCUGCCUUCCCAAGCCAUCAGCAGGGAGUUGGAUCAGAAGUGGAGCAGCCAGGACUCGAAG